CUGCAGGCUUCACACACCGACAGUCUGUAUUCGGAGGGAGCCAUGUUGAUGCCUGGUUUUGUGUCAACCGCUGCACUCUGGAUGGUUAAAGGACUGCGUCUCCGCGGUUUAGAGGCUUAGCGGUCAUCCCAGCGUCGCGAUGAGAAGAGGGGAGCAGUGUGGGAUGGUACAGGGAGCGCCAGAGGGAAGCUGCUCUUAGGUCGCCGGACAUCACACAGUUGAUUCAAAGCAAGUGAAGUUGAUGCUAGUUAGCCUGGUAGCUAGGUAGCAACAGCUGUGCGGACGCUGCGUGGGAUGCGGCGUGUGGACUCGCCGCCUAAAACCUAUAACCACCGUCUCUGCUUGUUGCAUUUUGUUGACCUAACGUUAGCCAGAGUGCUCGGAGAGUAUGUGCCUGUGGUAUCAACGGGGCUGCUGAAUUCAUGCUAGCUUGCUUGAGUUGCCUUUGUAGAGCUAGCUAGCCAUUAGAUAACGUUAGCAUGCUGACACUCAGCUCGCAUCUUCAGUCACGACUAACAUUUGUUAGCUGAGUGAAUUUUAACUUAUCGUCACUUUCAGACAGUCUACCAGUUGAGGACAACCGUCUUGUGUGACAAGAGCCCCAAAGUUAUCCCCAACGGAGAUAUGGCGAUACAUCCCGUGUCUGUGGAAAGCUAUCGAUUCGCCUGCCCAGUCUGCAAAGGAGCAGCUAACGGGCUAGCAGCGUAACUUUCCUCCCACAGUGUCACUCACAAGCUGCAGAGCCCACUUCCUCGCUAGCAGACAUCUCUUACCUGAAGCAAGCUGGCGGCCCUCCGAGUAGAAGCCGAGGACAAGGAGCUGGGGCCGAUGGCCUGGGUGCUGAAGAUGGACGACGCCACCAUCGAGUCGGGGCUGGUGCACGACUUCGAUGCCAGCCUGUCCGGCAUCGGGCAGGAGCUGGGGGCUGGAGCAUACAGCAUGAGCGAUGUGCUGGCUCUGCCAAUCUUCAAGCAGGAGGACUCCAGCCUUCCUCCUGAAAGCGAGACCAAAAAUCCCCCAUUCCAGUAUGUGCUGUGCGCCGCCACCUCUCCAGCUGUCAAGCUGCAUGAUGAGACACUCACAUACCUAAACCAAGGCCAGUCUUAUGAGGUGCGUAUGUUGGACAACAGGAACCCUGGAGAGUUACCAGAGCUCAACAACAAGAUGGUGAAGAGCACUGUGCGCGUGGUGUUUCAUGACCGUCGGCUGCAGUACACAGAGCACCAGCAACUAGAGGGCUGGAAGUGGAAUCGUCCUGGCGACCGUCUCCUUGACAUCGAUAUCCCCAUGUCAGUUGGCAUUGUGGAGCCCAAGACUCACCCCUCCCAGCUCAAUGCAGCUGAGUUCCUCUGGGACCUGAACAAAAGAACGUCUGUUUUCGUACAGGUGCAUUGCAUCAGCACAGAGUUUACUCCCAGGAAGCAUGGGGGCGAGAAGGGCGUCCCCUUCAGAAUCCAGAUCGACACAUUCUCCCUGGGAGACAGUGGAGAGUACACAGAGCACCUCCACUCAGCCUCCUGCCAAAUCAAAGUGUUUAAGCCAAAGGGGGCAGACCGUAAGCAAAAGACAGACAGAGAGAAAAUGGAGAAACGCACCGCUCAAGAGAAGGAGAAGUACCAGCCUUCUUACGAUACCACUAUCCUUUCAGAGACGAGGCUUGAGCCCAUCAUAGAAGAUGCAGGUGACCACGAGCUGAAAAAGUCCAGCAAGCGGACACUUCCCGCUGACUGUGGCGACUCCUUGGCCAAGAGAGGCAGUUGCUCGCCAUGGCCGGAUAACGCUUAUGUCAGCACCAACCAGGCAGCUACUCCCUCCUUUGCCUCCACCCCACUGUCCACAUACACAACCUCCUCUGUUCCAGACAGUGACUCGUCAUCUCCGAAUCACCAGGCAGACCCUGGCAGCCAUGGCAACUCUGAGCAGUUGAGCCCCGCUGCCUCCAUACAGGACGCCCAGAAGUGGCUGCUGAAAAACCGGUUCAGCUCCUACACACGGCUCUUCUCUCACUUCUCAGGUUCUGAUUUGUUGAAGCUAACCCGUGACGACCUGGUCCAGAUUUGUGGGCCAGCAGAUGGGAUCAGACUAUUUAAUGCACUCAAAUCCAGGUCUGUGCGUCCCAGGUUGACAGUGUAUGUCUGUCAGGAGUCGCCUCGGGAGAGCCCCCUGCUGGAGAGACACAGCACCAAUGAAAAUGGAGAACACAGCGUCUCCUCUAGUUUACAUGUGUACCACGCUCUGUAUCUAGAGGAGCUGACAGCAGCAGAACUCAUCCGCAAGAUGGCGUGUGUGUGCAGCCUUCCACUAGGAAAGAUUAACAACGUGUACCGACAGGGUCCUACAGGCAUACACAUCCUGCUCAGCGACCAGAUGGUUUACAACCUGCCUGAUGAGAGCUGUUUUUUGAUCAGCACUGUUGAAGAUGAACUGGGUGAAGGACUCCAUCUCAUCCUGAAGUAGCGAGGGAGGGACAGAUGGCAUCACUAAUACUCCACCCUCUGUUUUGGAGAAGACGCCUCCCUCUGUCCCUCUCUGCCUGCCUGUACUCUUCCCCUCUACUUCCUCCUCUCUCUAAAUGAUUGUUCGAUGGAAAGCAGGGACUGCGCUAAAGCCAUGUAAAUGUUAGAAUCUGACAUGGGAGUGUCCAUUGUUUCAUAUUGAAAACACUAUUAACAGAGGAAAUUAGUUUAAAAAAAGAGGAGAGGUGGGGGCAUGAGGUUAGGGCAAAGAUAAUGACGUUCAGUGUAUUUUGAUUUUAUUUUAUUUUUUGUCUUUUCUAUGGUUCUGUGUGGAGAAGAAAGGAGGGGGGGCUCCAGGAGAGAGGGAGGAGUGAUGUGGCCAACAGGAGAACGAAAGAAAGCAGAGUUUCCUUAUUGCUCGUUGCCCUUCCUGCACAAUGCACACAACCAGCACUAGGCCAGUAUUUGAUAACCUGUACUGCUGAACAGCAUGCGAUCUCAACAUACUAACUUACUUAAAGGAGAAUCACAACAUACUCUGUUUGUUUAACAUUCUUGAGGGGUUUGUCUUAGUAAACCAAACCCAUUUAUGGAUCAAAAUGUUUGGUAACCCCUGAAAUACUUGGGCCUCCACUAAAUCCCUAAGUGGAAGUGGCAUCAUUUUUGGAUGUUUUCACCAACGUUCAGUUUUUCCUUUCUUGGUAUUUCUCAGAUGAACUGAUUUCAUUUACUGUUGCCACACACCGUCAUCCUAUGUGAUUUCAGACCCCCAGCCUUCACGCUGUGUUGAUGUCACACUCGGCUCAACUCUCUUAAAAUGUAACGUCCUGCUUGCGUUUUUACUGUUUUUAGUUGAUUAUUUAUGGGUGAGCUGUUCCUCUCAUUGUUUCUGGUGCCAUAUUGGCUUUUUUAGCUCAAGACGGUCGAGUCUUUUUUUUUUUCAGAUUCACACAAUCAAAAACAAAGCACAUUGCACCUCAUCUGGGACUCCUCUGCUUUCUGUGCGGAUUUUGAAACACUGGUUUAGAGGUGUGUGGUUUUAUGCCUUCUGGGAUUUUGGCCAUAAAUGUACAAAAAGAGGAGCAAACCUCUGUAGAAGCUGACAUGCAGAGCUUAAAUAUCUAUCCAAAAACCUACUCUAAUGUGGACCAAAUGGGUUGCAGACAGAUAGGCGUGUUUGUCAGUGGAAAAGCCUCAUCACCUCUGAACAAUUUAGGCCAUUUGAGGAAUUCAUUGAAUUGUUCAGGUGGCAGAUUAAACCCUCAUCUAGUGGAGUUGCUUAUGCACUGCAUGUUUAAUGUCAUGAACUCUCCAUUCCAGGAUCUGCUUUGGAAAACACAUUAUGCAGCAUUCUGGUAGAAAUGCAUUGGUGCAGUAGCCUGAUUUUAGAUUCUUUUCCUGUAGAUGAAUAAAUCAUGGCAGCUCCACAUCCAUCUUCAAAAUCUUGUAUUUUAUGUAGCUGAACACAGGAAGUACAGGGUGUGGGCGUGUGUUUGAGUGCCCUUACCUUUGAUAAAGUGACAGGAUACCUCACAAACACAGGUCCUGGGAGUCUCCAUUGGUUUUGUUGACCCCUCCCCAACCCGUUAAUUUUUGGUACAAUGUCUGGCAAUGUCGAGGUGCACUGCACACAGUGUGUGUUUGUGUGAAUUGCACGCCUCUAGGUGUCAGAACGUGUGUGUUCGCAUGUGUAUCAUUUUUUUUGUUCUUGCAAAGAAGACUUAAUUUUGUCAGUAGUUGUCAUAACUUUUUCCUGUUGGUAUGAUGAAACUGUGUUUAGCUUGUUGUUUAGUAAAGAGCAUGUGGAAGCUGGGAAAGAAAGGGAGGGAGGGAGGGAUAAUUGGGUUUUUGAUAAGUGUAACCCCUCCUGGUUUUCCAGAUAUUAGAGACCAAGCCUGCACUGAAAACACAAAACUAGCUUGAUGUGUAGUCAGUAGUCCUACAGCCACACCCUCUUAUCCAAAAAAAAAAAAACAGAAAAAAAAUAAUUAUGCGACUGAAAAGCAUCUGUGUAUUUGCCUCACCACGCACCAGAGCCAGGACUGUAGCUGUUGUGGUGUUUACAAGGUCAUGAGAACCAUGGCACAGUUAUGUGUGUUCAUCAACUCCAAAUAAUAGUGAAUAUAGAGCAGAUAUAAAGCCAAGUCCCACAAACCCUGAUGAGCAGUUUUAGUCCCCUGAUGGCCUGAUCAAAUGUCUGUCUGUGAGUAUGAGAGAAUGAGCAGGAGAGUUGACCACUGUUCAUGUACAGCCUAAUGUCAAUGAUGCUUCUCAUGUGCACAGUAUCGUAUGCUGGAGAUGUACACAACCACAUGUGCUGGGAAUAAAUGAUUUCAUAACUUUC